AGCACUGGACUCUUACCUAAUAGUUUCGUCGCUUUUUCCGCGAUUUUCGCAAUCCCAAAAUCCGUUUUUUUAUUUUGGUCUCCUCCGAUCUCGCUUCCCACUUCCCUACACCAAAAUUUGAUUUUAUUUUUCCUUCACCCAAUUUACCAAUCAUGCCUCCCGCAAGCAGCACUAAUGGUGGAAACACAAGUAAUAACAACAUCAGUAUAGUGUGGUUCAGGAGGGACCUUAGAGUGGAGGACAACCCAGCUCUUGCUGCUGGUGUUAGGGCUGGAUAUGUGGUUUCUGUUUUCAUUUGGGCUCCAGAAGAAGAAGGCCACUACUUUCCUGGAAGAGUUUCCAGGUGGUGGUUGAGCCAGAGUUUGAAGCAUCUCGAUUCCUCCCUUAGGAGCCUUGGGUCUAAUCUUAUUACAAAGAGGUCUUUUGAUACUGCUUCAACUCUUGUUGAUGUUGUGAAUUCUACUGGUGCUACAAACCUUUUCUUUAAUCAUCUCUAUGAUCCUUUAUCUCUUGUGAGGGAUCACCGGAUCAAGGAGCUUCUGUCUUCUCGAGGUCUCACUGUUCGAUCUUUUAAUGCUGAUUUACUUUAUGAACCAUGGGAAGUUGCAGAUGAGAAUGGUUGUCCAUUUUCAACUUUUGAACCAUUCUGGAAUAAAUGCCUUAACAUGCCAUAUGAUCCUGCAGCUCCCCUCUUACCACCAAAAAGGAUUAUAUCAGGUGAUGUGUCAAGGUGCCCCUCAGAUACUCUUGUUUUUGAGGAUGAAUCUGAGAGGGGAAGUAAUGCUCUUCUUGCAAGAGCUUGGUCUCCAGGAUGGCGGAAUGCUAAUAAGGCGCUAAAUGCUUUUAUCAAUGGACCAUUGAUUGACUACUCGGUGAACCGAAGAAAGGCAGAUGGUGCAACAACCUCUCUCCUUUCUCCUCAUCUACAUUUUGGUGAGCUCAGCGUUCGAAAAGUCUUUCACCUUGUCCAGAUCAAGCUGCUUGUAUGGAUUAAUGAGGAAAACGAAUCUGGAAAAGAGAGUGUAAACUUGUUUCUCAAGUCUAUUGGCCUCCGGGAAUACUCUAGGUACUUGAGUUUCAAUCAUCCUUUCAGCCAUGAAAGGCCACUUUUAUCACACCUCAAAUUUUUUCCUUGGGUUGUUGAUGAAAACUACUUUAAAGCAUGGAGGCAGGGUAGAACUGGUUAUCCUCUUGUUGAUGCUGGGAUGAGAGAACUUUGGGCCACUGGAUGGCUACAUGAUCGAAUUCGUGUGGUUGUGUCCAGCUUCUUUGUGAAAGUAUUGCAACUUCCAUGGAGGUGGGGAAUGAAGUACUUUUGGGAUACACUUCUGGAUGCUGAUCUUGAAUGUGAUGCUUUAGGUUGGCAGUAUAUAUCCGGUACACUUCCGGAUGGUCGAGAAUUUGAUCGUAUUGAUAACCCUCAGUUUGAGGGCUACAAAUUUGAUCCAAAUGGAGAAUAUGUCCGCCGCUGGCUUCCUGAACUCAUCAGGCUACCAACUGAAUGGAUACACCAUCCAUGGGAUGCGCCUGAACCUGUACUCCAGGCCGCUGGCAUUGAGCUCGGUUCCAACUAUCCUCUUCCCAUAGUAGAAAUAUCUGCAGCCAAAGAAAGAAUACAAGAGGCUCUUAUUGAAAUGUGGCAAAUUGAAACUGCUUCAAGGACUGCCAUGGAGAAUGAAACAGAAGAGGGUCUUGGCGAUUCUUCUGACUUACCCCCUUUUUACUAUCCUCAAGAAAUAGAUAUGGAAGCGGAUCCCGAGCCUACUAGGGCUAAUAAUCUCCAGACAACAACAAGGAGGUACAUAGAUCAGAUGGUACCAAGCAUAACUUCUUCGUUUGUUAGAAACGAUGAAGAUGCGAUCUCUGUAGAUAUAAGCAGCACUAGGGAAGAUGGCAGAGCCGAAGUGCCGACAAAUGUAAAUUUUGAUGACCAAACUCAUGGAGCUACUGAUCAAGAUGGUGCUGCAGUGGUGAGGAAUAAUGCGGUUUUAGAGUUCAACCCUGCCAGGUUGCAGAAUAGAUUGGAGUUUUCAGAGGAGUCAUCCAGCAGCUACACAGAAAGAGAUGGAGGACUGGUUCCUGUAUGGUCCCCUUCGAACCUAUCUGAGCAUUUCAUCUCUGAAGAAACAAGCGUCAGAACUAGUGCUUAUUUGCAAAGGCAUCCCCAGUCGCAUCAGAUGAUGAACUGGAGGCAGAUUUCACCACCACUCUUUUGCUGACAAAAUACAAAUUCUAUGUGGCAGGAGAAGUUGGGAAGUAGAGAGCACAUUGCACCCAAAUGCUAUUGGUUAGAUUCUAUGAAAACAAGUCAAAAUGUGGGCAAAAUCCAUCCCUUUGUUCUUAUAUCACUUUGCAGACAGUAAGGUACUGUAGAUUCCAGUGAUAGCUAUUGUAUAGGUACUUCUACCAGUGUUGUGCUGUGCUGCUUUUCAUAAAUUUGAGUUUGAUGAGGAGUUUAUGUGCAAAUCUCACUAAUUUCAUCUUUUGCCAGAUAAUAAAAUAUUGCAUGGAUGGUGCAGCAUGUGAAUAUUCUAUUAUGCUGUUGUGCUAAUUAUUUAAUUUGUUUA